AUGUCCUCUCCAACUAGUUAUGCAAAAGGUUAUGUACGUUGGACAGCUGGUGGUAAACGUGUAAUGUGGGAUGGUUGUCGUUGGCAACAAUUAUGUCAAAUAGAAAAAUGUUUUCAACGUGAUCAAAAAUCUCAAGGUGUAUGUCUUAGACAUUAUCGUGAACAACAAGAAAAUAAAGCGAAACCUAAAAAUAAAAAAUUUAAAACUGAAGAUAAAAUCAAAUCAAAUAAAGAAACAAAAUCUAGUCAAAUUCAAAAGAAAACAUCUAUAUCAACUCGUUCAAGACGUAUUAAAUCAAAUCAUUCACUAAAUGGAUCAACAAAGGUUUCUGAUACUGAUAUACAAAACUCGGAUGCAAAUAUCUCAGAUUCUGAAAUAAUUCCUGCAAGAAAAUCAUCGACCUCAAAUACCAGUCCUUCUAAAUCUCAAAAAUCAUCUCGUAAACUUGUACUUGUUUGUUCAUCACUGAGUCGUCAACAAUUGUCUCAAGUAGAAUUAUUUUGUACUCGUUUUUCUGCUCAAUUAUCCAAUCAAGUUGAUGAAACAACAACACAUUUAAUUGCAAGUGAAGUUGAACAACGUAUAUGUUGUUUAACAAAAAAAGUUUUUUUUGCUGUUGCUUAUCAUCAAUAUGUUAUUGGUUAUCAAUGGAUUGAAGAAUGUCUCACUAAACAAACUCUAUUAAAUGAAGAAUCUUAUGAAAUUCUUGGCGAUGCAUCAUUAUCAUCACAACAUAAUGGUAUGAAUCGUUCACGUUUAAUACAUGAACCCAUAUUUAAAUCCUAUUCCUAUGCUAUUGCUGUUGAAUGUUCAAUUGGUUGUCAACAAGGAAUGUUUACACGACAAGAACUUGAAAAACUUGUACAAUUAUCUGGUGCUAUUCUUUUACAAGAACAUAAUCGAGAAGAAUUAGAUGAUAAUAAUACAACAAUAAUUGUACUUUGUGAUGAUGAUGAUAAAAUGGUUGUUACAAAAUAUAAUGAUUUAAAAAACAAAAUUUAUUAUGUUAUACCAGAAUUUUUUCUUGAUUCACUUGUGCUAUAUGAAGUACAACCGAUAAAAGGUUAUGAAUUACUGUAUCAGAUAGACUAA